UCUAGUCUCCGCCGAGUCGUGUGCACGCACCGCGCACGCCCCACGUCGCUCCUUCUUCCAGAGCUUCCGGCUCACUCUCCACGCGAACAAUGACGACUUCCAUGCGCGGAGGUCGCGGCGGCGGGCCGAAGCUCUCGUCGGGCUCGGCCAGCUCCUGGCGUGCCAACGGCGCCGGCGGCGGCCAGCCCGGCGGCGGGCAGCAGCGUGGCCCAGGCAACGGAGCACAGUCGCCGGGCGGUCCGCCGCACAUGCAGCAGCAGCACGGCCAGCAGCACCCGAACCAGCAAAACCAGCAGUAUAGCCAGCAGCAGCAGCACCCGCAGCAGCAGGCGCCGGGCUCGCGCUGGGCCAGCGGACCGCCGCGCGGCCCCCAGGGCGGUCAGCCGCAAGGCCAGGGCCAGCGUGGCCCUGCGAACCACCAGCAGCACCAGCAGAACAAGCCUGCGGCUGCUGGACAGUCGCCUGCGUCGUCGGCGUUCCCUGCGCUUGGCGCAAAGCCCGUGGUGCUCGAUGCCGCCGCUGCCAAGAUGCGCGAGCGUCUGACCUUCGUGCUCGCGUCCCUCGUGGGCACGCCGGUCGUGGCCACUACGCACGGCGGCUUCAAAUUCAUCGGCAUCCUGAGCGCCACGAGCCCUGACGUCGCCGAUGUCGGUGUCGCGCUGUCUAGCGCCCAGGAGGUGCUGCCCGGCGGCUUCGGCCCGCUGCGCAAGCUGCUGAUGAUCAACGGCGAGGACCUGGACGACAUUCAAGCGUCAGAGGUGCGCCUGGGUGAGGUGCAGAAUGAGCCGCGCGACCGCGAGGGCUUCCGCACCGACACGGAGAUCUCCAAGACGGCGCUGGAUGCCUUCGGUGGAGGUCGCACGCUGCAAAAGUGGUCAGACGACCCUGACCUCUCCCCGAUCGAGGGGCCCUCCGGCGCUGGUGGCCUCGAGUCCAUGACGAGCACUGGCGGCUGGGACCAGUUCAAGACCAACGAGGCCCGCUUCGGGCUCAAGACGGACUACCAAGACGAGAUGUACACGACGCAGCUCGACCGCAGCGGCAAGGACUUCAAGGAGCGCGAGCGCGAGGCGGACCGCAAGGCCCGCGAGAUCAUGAACUCUGCUACAAGCAACUCGCACAUGGCCGAGGAGCGUGGUCUUGCGGACUCGGGCAUCACGGAGGAGGACCGCUACGGCGCUGUGGUGCGCAACGCGAACGCAUACGUCCCGCCUGCGCUGCGCCGCGCCGGUGCAGGCCCUGCUGCCGCACCUAAGGCAAACGGCAGUCCGGCAGGCCAGCCAGCUGCAGCCGCUGCGCCGCCCGCCGCAGCGGGUCUACACAAUGACCCGGCCAUCGUGGAGAGCAGCGCACCCAUGCCGCCCUCUCUGCAGAUGCAGGCGCCGACGCCGGUGCUCAGCAGCACGCCCGAGGGCGGCGAUGCGUCCAAGAAGCCUGGCGAGGGCAACCCGCUGAUGGGCGACUUCCGCGACUUUGUGAGCAAGGAGCGCGAGCGUCUCGAGAAGAAGAAGGCCGCACUGGCAAAGAAGGAGAAGGACGCGCGUCUGGCCGAGCUCAAGCAGUGGGGCGACAACUUCAAGCUCAAGACUCCGUCCUCCGGCGACGGCGCUGCUGCGUCCGCUGGCUCAGCCAAGAAUGCAUCGGGCGCAGCACAGGCAGCAGACAAGCCGCGCGAUCCGUCCGCACAAAAGAGUCUCAGCCCGCAGACCGUCCACGCGAACGACUCCUCGCGCCCGACCGGCGGCGAGCGCGCGAGCGGCACCUCGUCCAUGGUGCCGUCGCCAAAGGUUGCGCCGCGUCUGCUCGACGCCAAGGUCUCACUGGCUGGCAUGACGAUCCCGAAGAUCCCGCCCUUCAAUGCCGCAGCUGCCAAGAAGAAGGCGCCGCCGGGCGCGGCGUCGGCCUCGACGUCGCCCCAGAUCGUGCCUGCGGCAGCGACGGCGUCUCCUGUGACGAGCAACGCAGGCGCCGCCGCCGCAUCGACGAAGCUGAGCGCCAAGGCUAGCUCCUUCAAGCCCUUCAACCCUGCUGCUGCGGCCUUCACGCCGGGCGGCGCUGCGGCUGCCAAGAAGCCUGAUGCGACGCCUCCCGCUGUGCCUCAAGCCCCGCUCAACCCCUUCUUUGGUGCGCGCUUCCUCAAGCGCCCCACUGCGCAGUCGCCGAUCCACGUGCGCGAGGACUUCAACCCAUUCAAGAAUGGCAAGGUGCCCGAGGCGCCCGCUGUUGGUCCGGUCUGGGGCUUCACUGGCAAGCCAUACCGGCAGCUCUUCUCGACGAUGCCGCCUGUCGGCCCUGCCGGCAUGGGCAUGGGCCCUCAGGUGCCCGUCGCCGGCUUCGACGAGUCCGCUGUCGGCAUGCAGCCUGCUGGCAUGCCGCACCCGCAGCAGAUGGGCCAGCCGGGCGGACCGCAUCCGCCGCCACACAUGGCGCAGGGCCUGCCGGGCAGCCCGAUGCCGCCGGGACAGGGGCCUGCGCAGGCCGGUCAGAUGCAAGGGCCGCCGCACUCUGGCCCGCCUGGUGCGCCGGCGCCCGGCCAGCCGUUCGGCAUGGUGUACCAGCCAUAUGGCCCGUACCGCUUCCACGGCCAGCAGCAGCACCUCAUGCAGAUGCCGAUGCCGCAAGGCGGACCUGUGCCGUACGGAGCGAUGCCGCCGCACUUCAUGUCGUUCUCGCCGCCCAUGCCAGCGCACGGCGGGCCACCCGGCAUGUACAGCCCGCAGAUGGGCAACAUGGCUGCGCCUGGCCCGCACGGCCAGUUCAUGCCGCAGGGACCCGGAAGCCCGGGACACCCCGGUCCUGGCGCGCCGCCGAGCGCAGGAGGCGGUGCGCCGCCGCGGCCUGGGCAGGUGCCGCCGCACAUGCAAGGCAAGGUGCCGCCGACGAUGUUCUUCCAGCAGCCCAUGCCGGGCAUGACAUACCCUGCGCCGUUCCCGCCCGGAGCCCAGCCGUUCCCGCCGGGAUCGGCGCCGCCCAUGGAGCCCGGGCAGCACCCGCAGCAGCAGCAGCACCAGCAGCACCACCCGCAGCAGGGUCAGCAGCAGCAGGGCCAGCAGGGCCCGCACCAGCCGCCGCAGCCGCAGCAGCAGCAGCAGCAGCCGCCUCACGGGCCGGCUGCGCAGCAGCAGGCCGCUCCGUCCACCGCGCCGCCGCAGCCGGCGCAGCAGCAGUGAGGGCAGGCAGGGCAGUGGGGCCAUGGCGUCGGCGGAGGAGAUCACGCGGACCGGACGACGCAAUGACAGUCCUCUGCUGAGCCUGGCGCGUCUGGGCGUGCGUCGCGUAGAUCGGUGCAUUCCUCGCGCGCGGCGCACAUGCAAGCUACAGCUUCGCGAGCCCCCGCGUCUUG